AUGGCUCCUCAUGCGGAAGUAGGCGUCGGCUCCAUGAACGGGUAUAGCGCUCAGGAAUCAACCCCUCUGGUCCAGGCCCAACCAGCACCAGCCAAGGAUCUUUUCACCGUCAAUUCUCCCAAUGUCACCUACACCGACGACCAUAUCAACACCAAAUAUGUCUAUCGAACCACUGCCGUCACCAAGACCGAGUCCGGUAAAUUCGUGGCUUCUCCCAAGGAAACCACCUACGAUUUCAAGGUUGAUCGCAAGGUCCCCAAGACUGGUAUGAUGUUGGUGGGUUGGGGUGGAAACAAUGGUUCCACUGUAACGGCUGGAAUCAUCGCCAAUCGACGUGGUCUCGUUUGGGAUACUCGAGAGGGACAUCGCGCUGCCAAUUACUAUGGAUCCGUCAUCAUGGGAUCAACCAUCAAACUAGGCACCGAAGCACAAACCGGGGAGGAGAUCAAUAUUCCCUUCCACGAUGUCUUGCCUAUGGUUCAUCCCAACGAUCUUGUGGUUGGUGGUUGGGAUAUCAGCAGCCUCAACAUUGCUGCAGCCAUGGAUCGUGCUCAAGUCCUCGAACCAACUUUGAAGGCCCUCGUGUACAAAGAGAUGUCCCUCCAAAAGCCCCUGCCCAGUAUUUACUACCCAGACUUCAUUGCUGCAAAUCAGGAGGAUCGCGCAGAUAACAUCCUCCCCGGAAGCAAGGCAAGCUGGUCUCACGUCGAGCAGAUAAGAGCUGAUAUCAGAAAUUUCAAGGAGCAGAACAACCUAGAUAAGAUAAUUGUUCUGUGGACUGCCAACACCGAGAGAUAUGCCGACAUCAUCCCGGGUGUCAAUGAUACCGCCGACAAUCUGAUCGAGGCCAUCAAGCAAGGUCAUGAAGAGGUGUCACCCUCCACGGUCUUUUCCGUUGCCUGCACUUUGGAAAACACUCCUUUCAUCAACGGAUCCCCUCAAAACACAUUCGUUCCCGGCGCCAUUCAAUUGGCCGAGAAGCAUAACACCUUCAUUGGUGGUGAUGACUUCAAGUCUGGGCAGACCAAGAUGAAGUCGGCUCUGGUCGACUUCUUGAUCAAUGCUGGUAUCAAAUUGACCUCCAUUGCCAGCUACAACCAUCUCGGAAACAACGAUGGCAAGAACCUGAGCUCGCAGAAGCAGUUCCGAUCAAAGGAGAUUUCCAAGUCCAAUGUUGUGGAUGAUAUGGUCGCUGCCAACUCCGUCUUGUACGCCAAGGAUGAACACCCAGAUCACACUGUGGUUAUCAAGUAUAUGCCCGCUGUUGGAGACAACAAGCGUGCAUUGGAUGAAUACUACGCAGAGAUCUUCAUGGGUGGUCAUCAGACAAUCAGCAUCUUCAACGUUUGUGAGGAUUCCUUGCUCGCAUCACCUUUGAUCAUCGAUCUUGUCCUUGUUGCCGAGAUGAUGACUCGAAUCCAAUGGAAGUCUGAAGAGGCUGGUGAUUACAAGGGAUUCCACAGCGUGCUGAGCAUUCUGAGCUACAUGCUCAAGGCCCCACUUGUCCCAGCUGGCACUCCAGUGGUCAAUGCCCUCGCCAAACAGCGUGGUGCUCUGACCAACAUUUUCCGUGCUUGCAUCGGUCUCCAACCCGAAUCCGACAUGACGCUUGAACACAAGUUGUUCUAG